ACAUCCUGAUUAUAAUAACGCGAAUACGUCGAAACUUUUGUUUGGAAUAGUUAAGCAUAACAACAAGAGCUAUAUGCAUAAUUUUCUACGGAUUGUUUAGUUAUUUGGACGUAUAUAUGAUAUAAAGGCAAAAACAAAUUAAGUGUCCGAUCGAUCGUUUCGAAAGUAACUUAGUGACGGAUUGCUAGUGUGAUUUAAACUGAGACCGCGAUUUACUUAACAAAACUGUUUGAUAAAGAAGAGUCAUGGUUGGAUACGUCCUCAGUGUCUCCUGCUUAGUCAUCGCCCUGAUGACGUCACGUCACGUGACCGGACAGGCGAAUGACGUGGCACAGCUGAACAGAAGGCUUACGCUCAUCAAGAGUUCCAUCGACCGCGAUAUCAGCGACCUGAAGCUCCAGUUCGUGGAACUGAAGAUGACCGUCGAACAGCUUAUCGUCAGCAACGCCAGUGUUGGGUCUUCUAUUGUCGACCCAUCGAUCGACUACGACUAUGGACAGAGAAAGGCAGGUGUUAGUCAAAAAGAGAUCACAGACCUGAAAACCAAGUUAAAUACGCAUACAAGCCGACUUGACAGAUUAUCUGCUACAAUCACCAAUAUUCAAGUGGAAUCGUCCGAAAACAAAAGAAAAGUCGACAAACUGGUCGGUGAGAAGGAAGACGAAGAAAAAAGACGCGAACUAAUCAACAACUUAAAAGCCGAACUGCUUCUCCAGUUAAACGCAGACAUUGAAGCGAAAUGCGGCGACAGAGUCAAUGCGCUACAAAAGUCCUUUGAACAAACCGUAACUGUUAUGAAAAAAGGUUAUAGGGACCUGAAAACGCACGUGAAUGGAAUAUCGAAAUUCGACUCGCACGCCGUAAGUCGGAACGAAGUGAGUGUCCUCGUGCUCGAUCAAAUGAAUAAUCUUUCCCAGUCGGUGAUCUCUGAACAAAACAAACUGAGUUCGAGGAUUGACAAGGCAGUGGCGAAUAUGGUAAGAUUGGAUGUUGAAGUGAACAAACUCGAUGGCCUAUUCAGAGUGAUUGACGAGCUGAAAACCAAGACAGACACGUGCUGUACAGGGCAGCAGCCAGGUUCCCAGUCCGGAGUUUCGCAGACGCCGCCCCCUAUAUUCGGCACCACGAUUGUCCCCAACGGUUUCCGAAUAAAGGCGGUAUACGGGAGCGAUCUUGCCAAGCACAUUGAUAUCGGGACCAGGGUCGUGCGGGGAGCAGACUGGGCCUGGGGUGAACAGGACGGCGGGGGUCCGGGCACCGUGGAUUCCUGGUACGGAGGGAGUCGGGCCAACCAACAGGUAAUGGUCACGUGGGACAAAGGCACAACGAAGCGCGCCAACUACCGCGUCGGCGCAUACGGCAAAUAUGACCUGUUCAUAUUAGCCGAAGGACAAUAAGUGCACUCUACACCCGAUAGUUAUGACGCAAUUGUACGUUUGGCAACAAGGUUCUCCUGCACCUAAUUGGCGCUUCCGACACUGUAUGACCUGUUGGUCGCACACCUUGUCGGCUUAUACGAACAUUACGAUUAGUACAUAUUGGAAGAGUGACAUUUUUAUUGACCCAUAGAUACGCCUUAAUCACAAAUUAUUCGUAGAUAUGUCAAUGGUUAAUAAAAUCGGAGUAUUA